UUGACUGUUUCUCUUCCUCCUAUUGUUGGCCCCAAUUCCUGUCUUUGUGCUCAGCCUUUUACCUUAUUUUUGCAAUCUGCUUUGUUAACUCUUCUCACCUUUGUUCCUUGUGGGACUAGCAAAAAUUAUGUUACUCAAACCUGCAGAUUGCUCACACCAUGCUGCCUUCCGCUCUUUGUUCACCUCAUCCUCCUUUCGUUUUCGAACCUCUGAUAUCGAUGGCCAUUCACCCCUCGUUUUCGCCUCUAAAACCCUCUUGAAAUCGAGGUCUUUCAGCAAGAUUUCGAGGGGUGACAGCAUUAGGCGCUCCUGCAGCUUGAAUCUUGAUGAUAAGCCCUCGUUUCACGUUGUUGCAUCGGCCAAGAUGUCGAAUAGCCCUAGCGAUGAUGAAGGGUGUAGGCGGAAGAACUGGCACUGUGCCAUUUUAAACAAUAGCGUUAACAACACCAGUAGGCAAGGUGGGAGGGAUCAAGACUCGUUCUUGGAGCCACGUUUUGACUUCUUGGAGCCAAUGAUGCUAGGGAUCAGACCGGAGUUCCCAGAGUGGCCGGAUAAGGAAACGGCUGCUUGGGCGAUGGUUGAACAGACGGCAAAUAGUUUGGACAUUCCCCUCUCACUUAGGAUGAUCAAGAAGAAGCUGCAGCAGGAGGAGGGCUUUGCUAGUGGCUCCAAGGAGGCAGAGGCGGGUGGCUCUUGCUCAGUGAAAGCGGCCUUUGCCUCGAUGGUGUUCAUCAUUGUUGAGCUGCAAAGCUGUGCCUUGCACAUGAGGGAAGCUAUGUGCGAUGAGGAUUUAGAUGUGAUCACGUCUAAGGUGCAGAAGGAGUUGCAUUUCUCAUUUGUGUGGCUGUUCCAGCAGGUGUUCUCGAGGUCACCGGCUUUGAUGCUGCACGUGAUGGUGCUCUUGGCUAAUUUCAGUGUACAUUCGACUUCCCACAACACCACGAUAGGGGGGGAGGCCUCGUUGCUGGUGGAGUCUCUCCAGCAUAGGCAAGGGCAGCAGUAUCAAGUGAUUAGCUCGUCGUUGUCUAUGGAUAGACAUCACCAAACCGAACCGGCCCGGCUGAACCGGCCCGGAACCGUCACCGGCGGUUCCGAACCGGAACCGGAACCGUCGAAUGCACUCUUGCUAUGCAACUAUGCGCGAUUUCUGCAUCUCAUGGCACGCGACUAUCAGAGGUCCGAGGAAUGCUUCAGGCGGGCAGUACAAGUAACGCCACCGGAUGGAGAAUCCUUCAGUGAAUACGCCAACUUCCUAUGGACAGUGAGGAAGGAUUAUUUGGCGGCCGAGGAGACCUACCUACAGGCUAUGGCGCUCGAGCCCCACAACUCCUACUUUGCCUCUAGAUACGCCAACUUUUUGUGGAGCACUGGUGGCGAAGACACCUGUUUCCCUCUCAACAAUUCCUCCAACUCGAACGUGUAG